AUGGGGAGUGAUAUUGAAGACUAUAUAAAUCACACAGAGGAUUUCCAUGCGUUCACAGAAGAGGAAAUCAAGGAAGUGACCGACCGAAUUGUUCAGUGGUAUCAAAAGAACCGAAGAAAACUACCCUGGCGAGGGGACCAACCUCCGUAUUCUAAAACUGCGGAUGUGAAGACUUCUUCCAAAACGGCAAAGAAUCAGUCCUCGUUGACAAGUUUCUUUACUCCGAAAAAGCGCAAAGUCGAAUCGAAGCCUGAAGAAGCUCAAGAAUAUGAUUUUGUAAAGAAUGGCAUUACUGGCUAUACGGAAUAUGUGUCGGAAAUAAUGCUGCAACAAACAAGAGUUGACACGGUGAUUGACAAGUAUAUUCAGUGGAUGCAGCACUUUCCUACAAUCAAGUCGCUGUCAGAAGCAACCGAGGAGGAAGUCAACUCGCUUUGGUCCGGUCUGGGCUACUACCGACGCGCCCAGUAUCUGGUGAAAGGUGCUCGCUACAUCAUGGAGCACUGCAACGGCGAAAUUCCAUCCACAAAGGAAGAACUCCAGAAAGUCCCGGGCGUAGGCGACUACACCGCGGGAGCCAUCUUGUCGAUCGCAUUCAACAAGCCAGAAGCAGCGGUGGAUGGCAAUGUGAUGCGCGUUCUCUCGCGACUCCGCGCCGUUUACCAGAUCAAAACGCAGAAAGAAUUCAUCCAGUGGUGUUGGAAAACAGCGGAGCAGCUGGUGGCGCAUGCGCCUCCCUCUGACUACACGCAGGGAAUCAUGGAGCUGGGGGCAGUCGUGUGUACUCCGCAGUCUCCCUCGUGCUCCAGCUGUCCAUUGAGAGAGUUCUGCAAGGCGGCGAAACUGGCGGCAGAGGGGAAAAAGGGCGGGGAGGAACGCGUGGAGUCGAGCUGUGGCGUGUGCUGCGAUUAUCCGCCAUCGAAAGCGUCGAGUUGUACCCGCUGGCCGCGCAGUCGAAGCAGGUUCCGACUGAACAUUACGUCGUGUUGGUGUUGGAGAGCAAGGAGCGGGAAGGAGCGCUGUGGCUGCAUCGCCGCACAGAUCCCAUCCUAACCGGACAACUGGAACCGCUGCUGGCGCGAAUUCCGGAGGAAAUGAAGAAGAAGGAAGAGAUGGAAGCGGCGCUGCGAAGCGAACUUCCAGGGCUUCCAGAGGUUUCGCUUCGAUUCCAUUCGACGGUGAAGCACGUAUUUUCCCAUCGAGUCCACUUGCUGUCGGUGUUUUCGGGAACUGUGGAGGAGGCGAAGACUCCGAAGCAUCGCGACUUCGCGUGGUGGACGAGCCAGCAGAUCCGCGAAGCGGGAACUACUUCCUGGCUUCUUCUGGUAAUCUUUCCUCGCUCUUUUGAUUCUACAGAUGCUAAAGACCGCGCAUUACUCUGUCCAGCAGCUCAAAAAGCUUCCAAAAU